GACUGUGAAGCGAUAAUCUCUCUCUGAGGUGUGAAAUGGCAGAUUCAGCAGACUUCCUCAAACUUGAACAAAUUCAUCACACAUUUCAGACUUCUGCUAAAUCUCAGAUCCCACGAUCUCAACCAACACUGCAUAUUGGCUCUUUUUGGAGGAAACAUACAUCAUCCUGAGAUAUUUUUCAGAUGACUUCUGGAGCUGCCCCUCCCUCAACAGAUGCUCAACAAGGGAAAGUGGAACACAGAGGAGACCUGGAGUAAAAACUGCUGGGCAGAAGUUCUCUGGCGAACAGCUUCUGUGAUGCUUCGGCACCUUAGGUUGGACCGGCCUCCUAGGAUUGCAGCCAACGUGGCAGACCGAGCUCGUGAAGCCUGGGCAAAGGUGGCGCAGGAGCUCCCGGCCCUGUCCAGUCAGGGGCAGCACCACAAUAUCUCCUCCAAUCAAAUGCUGCUGUUACGAAGAGGGAGCUGCGUUCAGAUCUCAUAUCAUGUCACACUAGAUGAUCUUGGCUGGCAAACUUGGGUGCUUCACCCCAAUUCCUUCAUCAUCACCAUAUGCCUGGGUUGCCAAUGCCACAGAAAGGAAGAGCGAUCGCCAACCCCUAUUUGGAUUCAAGAAUGUGGACUCCUUGAACAACCAAGCCAUCUGCCGCCAGUGGACUCAAAGCAGGGGCGCUGCUGCCGGCCACGCCGGACCCCUCUCCCCUUCACGUUCCUCCAAGAAGACGGUACAUUGGUUGUACAGGCGCCACGCUUGAAUAGCGACUGCCACUGCCAACCCUGAAGACUGCUCAGCUUGACAUAGAAAAAACCACACAUUGAGGAUGACGGGGAUCUGCUACCAUCACAGAUUUUCUCCUGUAAGGAAUGCCCCCAAACUGGUGUUUUCUAACGCAGGAGAGGAGCAGUGGGAAAACCUGUUUCUACCCAACUCUGCAACACGAAACGGAGCGCAUGAGUCCUCUGCUGCAGCAGAAUGGCCUUUUAAAAAGCCCAUCUGCCCUGCACAUUUAAAUCGGUUUGAAACUAAUUUAG